AUGGGAGAAAGUCAGGUCAGCACGCAGGUUGCAAACUGGCUAGUCAACAAUAUUUCGCGCAAGAUUUUCAACGCCAUUAAGGAGACUGGGAAGGAUUACGCUUUUGCCGACGAUACCUACAAAUUGAUCGAGGAGCAGUUCGUGGGUUACGGGGUGUUCGAAGACGUGUGGGCUGCCCGCAGGCUGUGGUUGAUGCGUUUCGACCAGUAUCCCACCGUCGAUGCCUUCGUCAGUGCAUUUUGCGAGUGUGCCAAUAAAGUCAAUCAGGGCUCCUGCAUGGUCAGCCCAUAUAUGUUGACAAUGUGGAUGCUCGGAGAGCUUUCUGAGAAGCACCCGGAUAGUGUGGACAAGGUCCUCCAGUUGAUUCAUACCCGGAAUAAGGACAAGAAGCAGUUUGACCAGGACGACUUUGAAACGGCCGUGUGCGAUGUAAAAAUGCAUUAUCUUAUUUCCAACAGGUACUAG